CUGCUUCUGCUGCUCAUUGACUCUAUUCGAUAGCCGCUCUGUUCAAAAUUAGCCAAAGCCUUGAUAUUUCCAUUAUCUUCAACUCUAUCAUUCCAAAGGGGCUCCAACAAACAACAACAUCAAAUACAAAUAUAAAAGCUCUGCUUUCAACUAGAUCAACCCCCAGACAUCAGUUUAUGCCAAUAUAACACUUUAUCACCUUUGUUACUACGCUAUUACUAUCCCGCCCACUGCUACCCCUGGAUUCUGACAUUUUAAUUUUGCCCGCUAUAAUACCCGUUUGACUAAUACAAAUCAACAAUCCGCCACUAUAUUAAUUAGAUAUGAUGGCUCCCACUAAAGAAAAUGAAAAUGAUUUAAACAAUACAUCUACAUCCCCAUCUUCUCCAAGUACUGGGAAUCGCUUAAAUAUCUUCAAAUUCGGCUCAAGAAGAAAAUCAUCAAAUGAUUCAAACCAACAAAAACUUCAACAAGAAGAGAAACAAGAAAAACCUAAAAUCAACACUCAAGCUCAGCAGAAUAGAUUCUACAAUGAAGAUGAAGAAGAUUUAGAUCCUAUAAAUUCAAGAGAUUUUGAACAAAAUGAUGAAAAUAUCCAAUCUUAUCCACCUUCUUCAUAUUUUGAUCAACCAGGUUCUUAUUUACAAUCACCAACUUCUCCAUCUGAAUCUUCACUGAUUUUUGAAAGAUCAGUAGAGGAUCCUGCUCAAGUUUAUCAACAAACAACUUGUCCUAGAUGUGGUCAACAACAAAAUCCAAAUAAUCCAAAAUUGAAUUGUAAUCAUCAAUCAAUUGUUAAUUUACCCUCACAUUAUUCUGUGGAGAAUUUUGUUUCCCCAUGUCUUGAUGCUACAACUAAAAUAUUGACUGAUGAAUCCACUGAUUUAGAUAAUGUUGACAUGGUUUAUUCAAGACGUCCUUCAAGUGUGAUGGGAUUAAAUAUGGCAUUGGGACGUAAUAAAUCCUUUGCUAACUAUAAUGAUGCUGAUGGUGGUCCAGCAACUCCGUUUUCAUCAAGAUCAAGAACAAAUUCUCAAGCAAAUAUUACAAAGACAAGUUCAUUAGCAAAUCUUAGAGAUCCAGAUUCAGUUAAAAGACCACCAACAUUAAGUUUCUAUUCAUAUGCUGAUAUGAUUAAUAAUGAAAACCCAAACCCUAAAAGACCAUCUAUUUCACAAUCAUUAUCAUCUUCAUUUGUAAAUACUAGAGGAAAUCAAUCCCGUUCAAAUUCAGUCUCAACUAAUCUUGGUGCAGGAAAUUCAAUAACUCCACAAAGAAAUAAUAUAAUUAAUCCAUUGACUGCGACAAAUUCAUUAUCAGCAACAAAUACGAACAAUAAUACUAAUCCAAGAUCAUCAUUUUCAUCACCUUUUAAUCCUAAUUUAUAUCAUCGUCCAUCACAAUCUUCUCAUUCAAAGAAAAAAUUUCAAAUUACACCAGAUUCACCAAAUUCUUCAGAUUCAGAAUCUGAAUAUCAUCAAAGUUAUUCACGUCCUCAGUCUAAAAGAAAUUCAGUCAGUUCAAAACUGAAUAAAACUUAUUCAAAUCAAUCAUCAAUUCAACAUAGUUUACAUUCUCCAGGAUCUUUGAAUAGUCGUCGUUAUUCAAAUUUAGAUGAUAAUUUUUACAAUUCCUCUGAUAAUGAAUCUUUAGUUAUAAGUUCAAUUGGUGAUCAAUUAAGAAGAAACAAUGGUGAAAUAAAAUCAAGUAGUAAUAGUAUUAUUGCUUGAAUAGAGGAUCAAAGAAUA